UCAUCACAUUCUUCUACCAUCUACAGCAGCUUCUCACAUCUUUUAACCACUCUAGCAAUCUUCUCUACGACCCUCCUAUCUUUCCCAUUCAUCUCUACCAACACCGCAAAUAUGCAGUUCCUUUCCCUCCUCAGUAUCAUCCUUGUCGUCCCCGCCGCUAUCGCCGCUCCGGCGGACCUGCAGGCCCGCCAGGAUCCCACGUUCGAGAAAGGUCUUUCCAGGGAUGCCAUCGCUAUGCUCCGGAAGCUUAACGCCGGCUGCUACAAGAAGUGCAUUGACCAGUGCAACUCUUUCAGCGCGGCCGGCCCGGCCAUGGUGCAAACCUGCAUCAACCGUAACUGCGCGCCCAUGGCCCGCGAUGGCCGCUGCCUCCGCGACCGCCGCCACGGUACUCGCGACCUGCCCGCCGAGCCCGAGGUCCAGGCCGAGGCUGACGCCAGCGCCAGCGGCCCCGCCGCAACCCUCCGCGCCCGGAACAUCGAAAAGGGCCUUUCGAAGGAGGCCGUUGCUAUGCUCCGGAAGCUUAACGCCGGCUGCUACAAAAAGUGCAUCGACCAGUGCAACUCCUUCAGCGCGGCCGGCCCGGCCAUGGUGGAAACCUGCAUCAACCGCAAUUGCGCCCCUAUGGCCCGUGACGGCCGCUGCCUGCGCAGCGGUAGGAACGGCACCCGGGAUCUGCGCACCAAGCCGGAGGCCCGGGCCGACGUCGAUGCCGAUAUCGAGACCGCUGCCCCCGCCGCGACCCUCCGCGCUAGGAACAUCGAAAAGGGCCUCUCCAAGGACGCCAUCGCCAUGCUCCGGAAGCUCAAUGCCGGCUGCUACAAGAAGUGCAUCGACCAGUGCAACUCUUUCAGCGCGGCCGGUCCGGCCAUGGUGGAGACCUGCAUUAACCGAAACUGCGCCCCCAUGGCCCGCGACGGCCGCUGCCUGCGCAGCGCCAGGAACGGCACCCGGGGCCUGCGCGCCGAGCAGGCCGACGCCGAGGCCGACGUCAACGUCGACGCCGAGUAGGCGGCUCGCGGCAGCAAACGUGGGGGGGG